CCAGCCAAAGUCUUCCUCGAAAAAUCAAAGUCACAAUCUUUGCACUUCCCAGACUUUUCCAUUCGAUCAUGCGUGUCUCGAUCGUAACUCUGUUGAGCCUUCUCACUACAUAUGUGUUCGCGUUAAAAAUCGCCAGCAGUACAGCAACAAUCGAAUAUACCCCCGAAGUCAUCGCCAUCAAAGACUUCUUCCAAGGCAGUGCAUCCAUCAUCAAUGGCGGUAUCCCCAACCUCUUUAGCGAUACCAGUAUCGGCCUAGCCAGCAAUGCCGAAACGCAAGCCCUCCGCAAUUUCGCCUCCCACAAGAACCUCCGGGCCAUCUACACCGUUUGCGAAGUCUACUAUCGCAUUGUCGCGAACAAGAAAGCUGGGUCGGGUAUUGCAAGCCUGAAGGAUUUGAAGGGCAAGAAGAUUGGGACUAUGGCAAGUACGUCGGCGGCGUAUUUCGUGCAGAAGUAUUUGGCUACGGUGGGGUUGAAGGAGUCUGAUUAUACAGUUGUGGCGGGGAGUACGUGUAAUUCUGCACCAUGUGGAGCGGGGACAUUUCCAUAUAUGCUUGCUCAUGGGACGGUCGAUGCAGUGGGAAUGUGGGAGCCUACACUAGAGCUCUCCGCCCAAGCUCUGGGUGCCAAUGCGAUAAUCUUCCAGGAUCGCUCGGUGUAUCGAGAGGUGUUCAACUUGCAUACUACAGCUGAGAAACUGAAGGAUGCGACGACGAGGAAGAGUAUUGUGGCAUAUUUGAAGGCGCUGAAUCAGGCGGAGGCAUUGUAUCGAGAUACACCAGAUAAAGUGUAUUCAAGGGUGGCGUCGACGUUGAAUAUGAAUGUGACGCUAUUGAAGUCGGUGUGGCCUAUUCAUAGCUUCAAUGGGACUUUAGCGGCGGAUUUGUUGGAUGUUAUGGUUGAAGAAGAUGCAUGGGUUGCGAAGACGGAUAGACGCGGCACGAUUUCGAGGUCAGAUUUGGCGACGAUGAUAGAUGACAGUGUGUUGAAAGAAGCAUUACAGACUUGA